AUGUUUGAGGGCAGAAUCACUCCACACAAAAGUGAUUGUGAAAGGAAUUUAGGAUCAUAUUGUAGCCUGGCUGAACACAUUAUUCUCGCCCUAGUAGGAUCUGCAUUGUGUGCCCCUCAGGGUGUUCAACUAGUGAGGAUCAAUACCGCAAUCGAUGACAACUCUGGUCAGUAUAAACAGGAUAAUUCUGGAGCAUACAACGGUGAUGAUGGGCAAUACCAUCCUGAUGGUAGCGGUGCAUAUCGUGGAGAUAUCUUGAGACCUUACCAGGGAGUGAACAUAGUUGAAAAGCCAUACAUAUUGGCUCUGAUUGAGACAAAGGUCAAGUCAUUCACCAACACGACCUGUAUGCUUUGUCCUGGAUAUGAACUUCCGACACGUUCCAGGUUCAAUGGAGGUCUUCGCCUCUAUGCUGAAACGAAUCUCUCAUGUCAUAAAGAGAAACUUUCAAAACCAAAUGAGUUGAAUGUUAUGUGGUUCGAAGUUGAUAGCCUAAAACAGAUCCACUUAUCACCAGAUGAUUCAUCCUAUGAAGAACUCUCCAACGAGAGGUACUCGAGGAGACUCAUCUCUGAAAAUCAAUUUUCGCCACAUCCGUGGACUCAUCAAAAACAUCAUCUACAAACGGAAAAACCAGAUAUUCUGGCACUAACAGAAACUCAAGUGAACUCGUCCACCAACAAGGUCCACAUGCUCUGUCCUGGUUACGAACUCCAUUCUCGAUUCAGUUUUAAAGGUAGAGUCUGGAACCGAAAGACUUUGAUGGAAUGUGGUUCAAGCUAG